AUGCUGUACACUGCACUAGAGCCAUCCUUGAUCAUCUUUCAUGGGAUGGCAUGUCAUACCUGUGAUUUCUUCAUGAUCAUUGACCACAGGAACGUGAAGAGCGUCAUCAAUGCGAUCCAGAAGCUGGGCUACACCGUGAAGCCUGUGCAAAGUCCCAGCGACAUCGAGACGGCAAAGCGCAUCGUCUUCCCUGGUGUGGGCGCCUUCGGUGCAUGCGUGGAAGCACUGCAGAAGCAUGGAUUUUUCGAGCCCCUGAAGAAGUACCUCCAAGAGGACAGGCCAUUCUUCGGCAUCUGCCUAGGCAUGCAGACGCUCUUCGAGGGGAGCGAGGAGAAUCCCGGCAUGCAAGCUCUGGGCAUCCUCCCUGGGCAGGUGCAGCGCUUCCCAGCUUCGCUAGGCCUGGCGGUUCCAAACAUCAACUGGAGCGGCGUGGCGCCGAUGCUGGCAGAUCCUUGGCCCCUGCAGGCGGACCAGCCGCGAUGUUACUUCGUCCACUCCUACCGGGUGCCCAUGCCCGCCUCGGGGCACGCGCCCUGGGCCCUGGCCUGCUCGGAGUACGGCGAGCGCUUUGUCUGCGCGGUUCGACGUGGCAAUUGUGUGGCCACGCAGUUCCAUCCGGAGAAGAGCGGAACGGUCGGGCUGAGUCUGUUAGAUCGCUGGCUCAAGGGCGGCGGGCCGAGUGGCGAGGCCGCCAUCGCGCCGGCGCCUUCACCGUCACCCGGGCCACCGGCCAGAAGGAUCAUUGCCUGUUUGGACGUGCGGUCCAACGAUGCUGGGGACCUUGUCGUUACCAAGGGCGAUCAGUACGACGUCCGGGAGAAGGGGCAGGUGCGCAACCACGGCAAGCCUGUGUCCUUGGCAGAGCGAUACUAUCAGGAUGGAGCCGAUGAGGUCUCCUUCCUGAAUAUCACCGCGUUCAGGGAUAUGGUGCUGGAAGACCAACCGAUGCUGGAGGUUCUGAAGAGCGCAGCAGAACGGGUCUUCGUGCCCUUGACUGUGGGUGGCGGAAUCCGUUCGUACACCGAUGAGAAAGGCAAGAGCUACUCUGCUUUGGAAGUUGCCGACGUCUACUUCCGCGCUGGAGCAGACAAGAUCUCGAUCGGCUCCGACGCCGUGGACGUGGCGCGGGCGUACUAUGCUGCAGGGAACAAGGGCACGGGGACGUCCUCCAUCGAGCUCAUCAGCACGAAGUACGGCAGGCAAGCCGUCGUCGUCAGUGUGGAUCCGCGCCGGGUCUACACCGCGGACCCUGGGUCCUCGGGUCACCACUGCGUUGAGGUGGGCCAAGGCCCGAAAUCCACGCCGCUGGGUCCCAACGGCGAGAAGUUCGCCUGGUACUGCUGCACCGUCAAGGGCGGCCGUGAGGACAGCGAGAUGGACGUCGUGCAGCUCGCGCAGGCUGUUGAGGCGUUGGGUGCAGGCGAGCUGCUCCUGAACUGCAUCGACCGGGAUGGCCAGGGCAACGGAUACGAGCUGGAACUCGUGCGACAGGUCAAGGGCUGUUGCACGCUGCCUGUCAUCGCGUCGAGCGGCGCCGGAGGCCCUCAGCACUUCGAGGACGCCCUUGGCCCAAGUGGUGGCGCCGAUGCCGCCUUGGCGGCAGGGAUCUUCCACCGGGAAGAGGCGGGCAACGGGUUUCACUCCAAGUCCUCGGAAAGCUUGGCAUUUCUCCGCGGUGCGUUGUGCGCCGCUUGCAAACGUUUCAUAGCUUGUCAGAAGCUUGGAAUAUUCGUAAAAGAAGCUGGCUCGGGCCAGUGCAACGGGGCUCCCUACGGCCCGGCAAAUGCAGCGCAGAGGAAUGACCAGCAACAGGUCUUCGAUGACUUGGAUUGGGAGUCCAUGUGUGAGUUCGCGGAAAACUUCGGUCCGGACAAGCUGGAGAAUGGCCUCGUGCCACUCAAUGUGAGUAUCCCAGCUUUUGGGUAUCGGGAUGACGCCAAACUCCAGGAGCUACAAACGAUUCUCCGUGUCAUGGCCGAGUGCGACGGCGGCGCCUGGGGACGGCGCGGAGGGGGUCGAGUUUGGCAAGUGCGGUUGGAGGAGGCGAGAGCCGCCGGAGUUGCUGCAGCCUGCACGGUCGUGACGGAGGCGGUGUCACGGAUGCCGGGUGCAGGUCCCGCAAGCGAGUACAUCUCGCAGGACCUGGACCACAUUGUCCUCCUCUUUCAGCGCGCCUUUAUCGGCCAGCGCGCGGCGUCAGCUGCGAAGCAGCUGCAGCAGCUGCGUGAACUCGAGGCCGAAACCGGGCUACCACCUGUGCAGGAGCACUUGGCCCUGCUCAGUAGCACCUCGAAGGGCCUCCUCUUGGGCUGUCUGCUCAUCCCGGAGGACACGCCACCUUGUACAGUUGUUCUGGCGCGUGACGGGGGCUUGGCAGACGUGGCUGCACAGCUACCUGAGGAGCAUGCGAGUGUGCUUCUUCCUUACUUUGAGGCCGCCACUGGCACUAAGAUGGUGCACGGCCGGCGUGUCGAGGGUGGAGAGGGCCAUGGGCUACGCAAGGAGUUUUUCACCAGCAUGUCUGCAGACGCCCAAAGGCGCUGGGGGCGGCUGCAGGGCGCUUCUGAGGGUGAUGAGGGCGGAGGUCGCGCCGUUUGUUCAGGAAACCGGAUCAAGCUACAACCCCCGGAGGCACCCUUCUCUCCGUUGCAACAGCUUCUCUUGGCUGCCGGAAAUGGCGACCGUCUCCGGCUGGUUUUCAGCGACAAACACGAGUGUGAGUGCAUCGUUACAGGCAGAUUACCUAUGCCGAGCGGCGGAUCUUCGCUUACGGUGGACAAAGCUUUCGAGGAGCAUCUCGCAGAGAGACGUCUCCAGAGGUGUGAACUACAGAGCCCUGUUCUUCCCCUUUUCGAGUUCCACCGUGGCACAGGACAGCAGUGGUUUACUUCCCACUCGAAUGAGCUCAAUGCUGGGCCACGGGGCCAAGCUCUCACAGUGCGCUACAACGCCUUCGGCAAGCUCCUAGCGCUGGCUGUGGCCAAUCACUGCAAACUGGCCUUCGCGCUGCCGGUGCUCUUCUUCCAGUUUCUUCUGAACAUCGACCGUGAAGCCGGGCUCGACGACCUCAAGGGCUUCGACAACGCGCUCCACACGUCGCUCAGGAAGUUUCUGAAGAUGAAGCCUGCGCAGUUUAAGCAGAUCAAGGAUCUCGAAGGCCUCUCGGAGGAUCUCACUCGGGAUGACUAUGUCACCGAGCAGGUGAAGGCCAUCCUCUGCCCCGAGGCCAUGGUACAGGUCCGGCGAGGCUUUUGGUCGCUGGUCCCAGCUUCGGCGCUGCGCGACGUCUCGCCGUCAGAGCUCCGCCAGAUCGUUUGCCCGACCGUGCCGGUUCGCGAGGAUAUGAGCCUCCGCCAGAUCUUCCGUGUGGUGUUCGAGGAUGAUGUGAGCGAAUGCCAGCCUCUGGUCGAUGCCUUCUACGCGGUUCUGGACGGACUCUCCAAAGCUGACAAGAAGCGUUUCUUGCUCUUCGUGACUGGAAUUGAGGCUCCUCCGGAGCCUGGGACAGAGCAGCUCACGGUUCAGAUGCCUUUCAGUGCCUUCACGAAGGAUGAGCACGUGGAGAUGCUCGGCAAGUUGCCGCAGGCCCACACCUGCACCAACACGCUCGAGUUGCCAAAUUACUACGAGUCCCUGCAGGAGUCUGGCCAGUUCGGAGAACAGGAGGGCCGUGCCACCAGUGCUUUAAGAGCAGAGCUGCAGCGGCUGAUUCGGGAAAGACUGUCUACGGCCAUCAAUGAGACGGACAGCUAUGAGCUGGAUGCAACUGGUGUCGUCGGAGCGGACUCAGAGCGAUGCUCCACGCCUAUCGCGGUGCCUCUGCCACCAGGACCGUGGGAGCCUCCCAGGAAGCCGGUUCCGCCGCCUUCGCUGGACGUGGCGAAGGGGGAGAGCCAGGACACCUCGGACAGUGGGCCUCCCAGCGGAACCUCGCGGCUCCGCAUCAAGGAGUUGGACCAGCGUGCGACCUCCAGUGAUACAGAAAGUUACCACAAUCAGCUCAGCUCGCGCAGCAUCCAAUCCUUACGCGAUGACCUGGUGACGGAGCCUGUGCCACCGCGGCCGCUGGACGUGGACUCCCUUCUGGAGGCGUUGGAGGAGGAGACGCUGAGCCGGAAGUCGCCUUCGCUGUCGCCAGAGAGGCCCAGACCGGGCCAAGAUGUCGACAGUCUCCUGGAAGACUUGGAUGCCGCUCUCGUCACUUAG